GGCUAUGACGUCAGUGGCAAAACCUGCUCCGGCUGGGUGUCUGUCUGUCUGUCGGAAAGUGAAGUGUGUUUGGUGUGCCACUGGCGUCGGAGUUAUUUCUCUGUUGUCUGUCUUUCGUUUUGUGUUUUUGUCAUUUUUUUAAACAUCACUCGCAAAGUGUUUUGUUAUUAAUUCAGAAACUCCGCCUCGUACCCGAUUUAUGGGAUGUUUUAAAAAAAAGUUGACGAAGUGCUCUUUGAGGGACCGGUGGACACCACCGGAGAUGGAUAAGCUAACCGAUAGCUAAGUUGUUAGCCGAGAAUCACAGGUCAAGAAUAAGAUCGAGCUAGCAUGCUAGCAGCUAGCUAAUUUAGUUUUUAUCGGCUAACCAAGUGACUUUGUUAACCUGUAACUUCAGAAGUGCUGCCAGUUAUUCUCAGGGCUGGCAGCUACACAGCGAACAGUUUCAGGGGCCAGCUAACCAAGGAAGAAGAUUGGGUGUGCGUUAUAAGGAAAAAGCAGAGGAGUAACGUUAGCAUUGAGGGGUAGCUGUUGUUCAUCUCUCAGCCUAGACCAAUAGCAUGCUGUCCAACGCACAGAACAUGGCACUGUUUCCCAACCCGGCGGGCCAGCAGCCGGGCCAGUUCCUGUCCUUCCACGCCAGACCCACAUUACUAAUCAAGAAGAACGCCAUAACAGACGACUACAAGGUGACCUGCCAGGUGCUGGGGCUGGGCAUCAAUGGCAAGGUGCUCGAAAUCUUCUAUAAGAAGACAGGAGACAAAUAUGCGCUGAAGAUACUGCAGGACUGUGCCAAAGCUCGUAGGGAAGUGGAGCUCCACUGGAGGGCCUCGCCCUGUACCAACAUUGUGCGCAUCGUUGAUGUCUAUGAGAACCUCUAUCAGAGCAGGAAGUGUCUGCUUAUUGUCAUGGAACGCAUGGAUGGAGGUGAGCUUUUUAGUCGAAUCCAGGACAGAGGGGACCAGGCCUUCACAGAGAGAGAGGCAUCUGACAUCAUGAAGAGCAUAGGAGAGGCCAUCCAGUUCCUGCAUGCAAUCAACAUUGCACACAGGGACGUCAAGCCAGAGAAUUUACUGUAUUCCUCAAAGAGGCCCAAAGCUCUGCUCAAACUCACCGACUUUGGCUUUGCCAAGGAAACCACCUCACACAACUCUUUAGCUACCCCUUGCUACACACCCUACUAUGUUGCUCCAGAGGUUCUGGGCCCAGAGAAGUAUGACAAGUCAUGUGACAUGUGGUCGUUGGGUGUCAUCAUGUAUAUUUUGUUGUGUGGGUACCCUCCUUUUUAUUCCAACCAUGGUCUAGCUAUCUCUCCUGGGAUGAAGAAGAGGAUCAGGAUGGGCCAGUAUGAGUUUCCCAACCCUGAGUGGUCUGAUGUGUCAGAAGAAGCUAAACAACUGAUUAGCACCCUUCUAAAGACUGAGCCGACCCAAAGAAUGACUAUCACAGAGUUUAUGAAUCAUCCGUGGAUCAAUCAAUCAAUGGAGGUUCCUCAGACCCCACUUCACACCAGCCGUGUGCUAAAGGAGGAGAAAGACGCAUGGGAGGACGUCAAGGAGGAAAUGACCAGUGCCUUGGCAACAAUGAGGGUUGACUACGAGCAAAUUAAGAUCAAGACCAUCGAGGACUCUACCAAUCCACUGCUAGCGAAACGAAGGAAGAAAGCUAGUACUGCCGUGGUGAACCCACAGUCUGCUGCCCACUGAAAGAUGCACACAUGCAUACACAUCUAUACAGGUUGUAAAAAAGGAAGCAAUAAUUUGUUGACACGCAAGUUGCAUUGCAUGAAUUUUCUCAGUGUUUUCUUUUUCAUGGCAAAUUCUGUUUUGUCGGAGUGUUUGUUUUUAUUACUCUACCAUUUUAACGAUUCCACCACUCUGCUCCGGCAGGGAGGAUGUUGAUCUGUUUUUACAUCAGUAAAGAAAUAAUGAAUUCUAAAAAAGGGGAGGAAAGGGAAUCGGUGAGCUCUCUCCUUUCCCAAAUAUCAGGUUGUGUACUCAGAGAGGCUUGAAUGUUGGAAUCGGACACAGAGCCUUAGCGUUAGAUGUAGGUUCUUUCACCCCCACGGCCCUGUUUAUAGCUCUGUGCCCAAACCUGUGAAUGUUAGAGCAUAUAGCUACAUCCCAAAAAUAAAAGGAAGAGAAGGUUUCUUUUACAUACAUGCAAAGUAAGCAGAGUUAUUUUGAACUGACAAGUGGAAUGUAAGGACUCUGUCCCUGACCUUCAGAAUUAUCUGGAAAUAGUCACUCAUUUCCGGGGCUUGGACCAGGACUGUCCGUCAGGCUCAGUUUGUCUUAUCGAACACAGGCCUAUGCACUCACCCAAGGGCCAAGUGCCAUUCAGACAGAGCACCUCACUCAUGGCCCCUCUCUCCUAUUUUAUUCUAAGCUUGUUUUUCAAAUACAUAGUUUUAGGGCAGAGAAGGGCAGCACGUUUAAGAGCAGAAACUGGCUCGUCUUUCUCCUGCAUGUAGCUCAUAGGAGAGUAGGAGCCAAUGGAUACUGUAUUUUUUCAUGGAUUUUAUGAACAUUUUAGCAUAGGCCUUACUGCUAAAGCAGCAAAUGAGUUUUAACCCCUAUCAACAGUACUAUUUGGUUUAGGCUUUUACCAAUGUUAUGCUUCAGAAUUUAUAACAAUGUCAGAUUACAUUUGAAGUUAAUGCUAUGCAGACUUGUUUGUUAGCUGCUAGGACCUUUAUGUCAGCGUUGAUUUCUGUUUGCAGAUGUGUCAGAGAUAUCAAUAUGGAGCAUUUAUGUAUGUGUGUGUGUGUGUGUGUGUGUGUGUGUGUAAGCAGUAGCACCCUCUAAGGGGUACACAGUUCAGUACAGUCAUUCUAGAGUUGGUGUUGGUUGCACCAGCUCAACUGUCAGGAGGUCAGUGGAACUAAUAUGGUGCAGUGCCAGUGUUCUCUAACACACCCCUUCCAUACUUCCUGGGGGAUUGCUAGAAAGUAGAAAGUACUUAAGAGCUGCUCCUCUUUCCUGAGCAGAAUCUGACAUACCACCAGCAAGCUGUCGUCACAUUCACAGUGUGUGUGAUGGUUAGGUCCUCUUCAAUGUUAACUGAACAGGAUGCUUCCCAACUUACUUGGGAUCAUGGGAUUUGUGUUUAUUUUGUCAGGUUUGUCCACUUUGGAAAAAUUACAUCCACAUUACUUGUUGAAUCACACAUACAAAUCUCUGUGAGAAUGUUCAUUGUUUGUGAUAAUGUUUCUUUUUUGUCUUUUUUUGUAGUUACAAGCACAAAACUUUUUUUAAAAUCUGAGUCUGUUCAGCUCCACCUGCCCUACUUUUGUCUGCUUUGACUUUGAAUUAAAACAAAUACAAGCGA